CCGUUCGCAAUGGUGGGUUUGGGAUGACAUCAAUAGAAACAACGUGUCAUAUUGCAUUUGUAUCCAGCUGGGCUCACUCUUUAAGUCGUCUUCCUCAUUUGUUUGGAGAUCUCACUAGUCCAAUCAAGAACAUCUCUUGUCCAAUUCCAAGUUGUACUUCUGUUGGAUCCAUUAGUCAUCAGCUUCAUCUCGCUCUACCUGAAGACAAAUCUCUAGCUGAUCUGAUGUGUAACACUAAAAAGUUACAACAAAAAUUGAACUUGCAAAGAACUGACAACAUUGUAUCUUCUAUUCUUGCAAACCCUCAAUCUAAGCGUUCUUCUGCAAGAUUUAGGUCUCUUCAGGGAACAGGAGCAGGUGCGUGGCUUGACUCAAUACCACAAUCAGCGAAGUUUGCAUUAAAGCCUGGCGAGUUUCGUCUUGCAACACGCUUGAGACUGGGUUGUGAAAUGCCCUUGGGAUCUGUUGUGUCAACCUGUGAAUGCGGAAAAGAUGUUGACAGAGAUGGCUAUCACCUUCUAACAUGCAAGAGCGGGGGCGGACCUGUCUGGACUCACGAAACACUGUCCAGUGUAUGGAGCAGCUGCCUACAACAACUUAAAAUGACACACCAAAGGGAACCAAGGAAUUGCUACAUUAAUAGUAAUGAUAGACCUGAUAUCAUUGCAUUUGAUGCACAAUCUGGUUGCGAUAUCGAAUUGGACAUUUCUGUGGCUCACCCAUGGGCACAACAGAUUCUUUCUCAAGCAGCUUUGGAAGAUGGUGCAGCUGCAUCCAAAAGAGAGCUUGAAAAGGCACAGAAAUAUGGUGGUGAGUGGAACAUGUGGGGUCGCACCUCUAACUGCAUUGCCUUGGUUUUCGAACAUUUUGGAAGAUGGGGACAAGAUGCUGUUGACUUUCUCAAUCGCUUGUCACACCAGUCAACAGAUGAAGAUGGAAGAUCAAAUGGCAGAGAGUUCAAGACGUACUGGCGUCGCUGUUUAUCAAUAGCUUUACAAAGAUGCAAUGCUAAUGUUUUAUGUAAAAAAUUAGGAAGAGUAGUACGAUCAAAGGACUCAACUGAACCGUGUUUUGCUAAUUAGAUAGAUUGAUAAAGUAGCCCAUUAUGGGCUCUUAGACUUUGUGAUUUUAGUUCUAAUUGUCUUAGACUGUAAUAGCGAUGAUGUGUGAAAAUAUAUGUAUUGACAGACAGACAGACAGACAGACAGACAGACAGACAGACAGAUUCAUUUAUUAUCAUCAAAACUCUACGUAUGUACAGGAAACUUUCAAAUAUCUACCAGUCCUUCAUAACUAAGCAAAUUAUAACACAUUAAUGGACUUGGCCUACAACAUUGCAGUCAAACAUUAUGCCACUGUCAUUUGUACUGCAUGAAAAUCUCGACAGCUUCCUCGAAAUCACUCUGGCGUUGCAUCUCUGAAGAAUGAUGGAAAAUUGCUUUCUCCAGAAUGCCUUAAAACGUUGAGCAUUGACAGACAGACAGACAGACAGACAGACAGACAGACAGACAGACAGACAGACAGACA